GGGGGCGUCGGGAGCGCGCCACGAAGUUGUGUCCGGGACUCACUGCGGCGGACUCGGAGCGGGGCUGCGGGACUCCCCGCCGCGCCUCCCGCCGCAGUAAACUGUUUUCCCUACUGGUUCGGGUACAGGCCAACAAUCCUGCACCAGUAACUCCACUGCAGAUAUUUAGAAUUCUAGGGCAAAGAUUGGCAUGUUAUCAUGGAAGGACAGCAUAACCAUCCACAUCAUCUAGGGGACCAGAACAACCCUCUCUGCAAAGUGCCAGGGCCGGAAUAUCAGCAUGAUCCUCAACAGAGACAUUUGACGUCAUAUCCAUAUCGCUGCACCAUGGCUGAUUUUCAGAUAGAGAAAAAGAUUGGCCGUGGGCAAUUCAGUGAAGUCUACAAAGCAACUUGUCUUCUGGACAGAAAAACCGUGGCAUUAAAGAAAGUUCAGAUAUUUGAAAUGAUGGAUGCCAAGGCCAGACAGGAUUGCAUUAAAGAAAUUGACCUUUUGAAGCAACUGAACCACCCCAAUAUAAUUAAGUAUUUGGAUUCUUUUAUUGAAGACAAUGAACUGAACAUUGUCCUGGAACUGGCAGAUGCAGGUGAUCUCUCUCAGAUGAUUAAGUAUUUUAAAAAGCAGAAACGGUUAAUCCCGGAAAGGACGGUGUGGAAAUAUUUUGUGCAGUUAUGCAGUGCAGUCGAACACAUGCACUCCCGCAGGGUAAUGCACAGAGACAUAAAACCAGCCAAUGUGUUUAUAACAGCCACAGGAGUGGUGAAGCUGGGAGAUCUUGGAUUAGGUCGCUUUUUUAGUUCUAAAACCACUGCAGCACAUUCCUUAGUGGGAACUCCAUACUAUAUGUCCCCAGAAAGAAUACAUGAAAAUGGCUAUAACUUUAAAUCUGAUAUCUGGUCUUUGGGCUGUUUAUUGUAUGAGAUGGCAGCUCUUCAGAGUCCUUUCUAUGGAGAUAAAAUGAAUCUGUUUUCUCUUUGUCAAAAGAUAGAACAAUGUGACUACCCCCCCCUUCCAGCUGAACAUUAUUCUGAAAAGCUACGGGAACUGGUCAGCAUGUGCAUAUACCCUGAUCCAGAUCAGAGACCUGACGUUGGUUAUGUGCACCAAAUAGCAAAACAGUUGCACGUCUGGACCUCCAGCACUUGAAUCAUCUGCAGACGCUCCAAGAAAAGCCAUCACAGCGUAGUCUUACUUGAAUUUUUAUUUCUCAGAUGAAACCGACCGGUGCCUAGUCAAACUCAAGUGAGAGAGUUGAGCACUCCUAGCAAGAUGCUCCAUGAUUUCUGCAGGUUAUUGACAAGGACUCUUACCAGGUGGUCAUGCUUUAAAGUGAAGAUUCUAUGAGGUAUUGCAAGCAUUUUUUUUAAAAAGCCAAUAACAUGUUACAGAUGUAGAUCAUAUAAGGGUCCUUUCUUAAAACUGUUGUGUGUAAUCUAGAAUAGAUUAUAUUAACAGGGGUGUCUCAUUGAGCCUUUGGCACACCCCUUUAUCUUAACUGUAAUGUGAAAUAUUGAAAUAAUUCCUUCAGUGAAAUCACUUUAUACUAAUGUAAGAAUUGCAGUAGAUUUUGUGUAAUUUGUAUAACUGCUACUUUGCCUCUUCAGCACAUGGUUAAUAGCAAUUUCAGUUUUUAGUUCAUAUAUUUUUAAAGCGUUCAGCUAUGUGUUUUAUCCCCUCCUUUGCAAAAAUAGGAAGGGGGGACACUUGUUUGAAGUUUUUUUUAAUCUGAAAAUUUAGAGUGAAUAUUUUGCUGAUGCAUUUAUCUGUUAACUUGGUUAUAGACAAUGAGGUGAGUCUAGCAUAUACCUGAAAAGCAUUGCUUCUACAAGCAAUGUAUCUUUAUAAAUGUAUUUUCCCCUUUGGCAUUCAUCUUGUUAGGCUGAAAGUCUAUUAUAAAACCAGUGUUACUCUAAGCCAAUUCUAUUUUGGGGAAGAUACUUUUAUCAAAUCCAAUGGUACUUUAGCCAUUCAUAUAUAAAAUGUAAGGAAAGCAGUGUUUUAAAACCUUUCAACCAUAGUAACGAUAUUAUUUACAUUUAGCAUGAAAGACCAGUGCUUUGUGUAAUUUUAAAUAAGGUUCAGCCCAUACCUAUUUAACUGUGAAAGCUAAUUUAUAAAAUGUGAAUUUUUAUAAGAAACUCAAGCUGAUCUGAAGGAGACAUCUUGUUUAAAGACCUAAAAAUUUUCAGUCAACUAAAUUCAUUCAUUGAAUCAAUGAUUCGUUUCAUUAGUGACAAUGAAAAGUAUUCACUGCUUUAGAAACCAAACUUGCGGAUUCACGUUCAAGUGUUUCCAUUUCACCUAACUGUGCAGGGGACCUGUUGCAGUUAACAGUCUCAGAGGACAACAUCCAGGGGAACUAAACUUGUACUGUUAAGUGUUUCUUCUGUGUGAGGUAGAGUCCAUUGCUAUAAUGUAUGUUUGUGGGUGGCAGUUGUUCGUGUUUAAAUACAGCCUGUGACACCUUACUCUUUAAAAAAAAAUUUUUUUAAAGGCCUUAGUCUCUUGGAAAUAAAAUUAGGGUAAGAGGUUAAAUACAUGUAUAUGCUUUGAAUGGAUUUUUUAAACCUAAUUCUCACUACUUAAAGGAAAACUGUAGUGCCCACUUAAACUCCUUUCAACUGAAUUUCAAAAUAUUCAGCUAAGGUGUUAAACCUAAAGAUAUUCAUUGCUGUGAAUGAUGCUGGUAUCACUUAGAUGUAAGAUGCCAUUUUACUGAUACUUCCUGUUUGGAAGUACAGGAUAUUCAACUCGGCAUGAGAAAGGCCAGAAUGUUUCCUCCAUUCCCAAUGCUAACAUAUUCAGAAAUGAUCAAGAAGCCAGAUUUUUAUUAUAUUUAAAGGAAACCUGCAGUACAAAGGUGACAAUCUUUAUUAUAUUUAAACUAUAGUGGCAACUACACAUUCACAGACAUGGUUGUGCAAUGUCUCUGUUGGUGUAAUGUAGAAUAAAAGUUCUUUGACUGUCAAGAAGGCUCAAAUUACUUGAGUUUUGAUAAGUCUGGUCAUUUCCUUCCUACAUAAGAUCUAUUAGUGCUUAUAAGUAAAUGUAUUUUAAAAGGUAAAUUUUUGCAACUGUGCAUUUUUAGAUAAAUAAAAACAUGAUUUACAAAAUAAACAACUUCCUUUGUAAAAAAGCUAUCUUUGAGUUCAGUGUUAAGGAACACAAUGUUUUGUUGCAAAAUGACUGAGUCCAAGUCUAAAAGUGUUUAGAUCCCCCAAAAUCAGUUUCACUCUGUACAUCAAACUUGUAAGGAAAUAGACUAAAUCUCAGUUCUGCUGACAAAUUCUGCCUUCUAAAAACAAUGUUUAACCACUUUGCUGUUGUACAGAUUACAGGCUAUCCUGACUCUUGGUAAUGGGCUAAUUUUGGGGGGAAUACAAUGUAUAGCGGCGUUUUCUGUGUUAAAACAGGACAGAGAGAAGCCCCUGAACUUUGGGUAGUCAAAAUAGUGGUGGCAGGUUUUUCUGCUAGUCCUAAGUACAGGUAGCAGCUGAUUAAUGACAAUGGCGAUAUCCACUCAAGAGGGAAUGGCCCAACUAGCUGAACAUGUACUUCAGACCUCUGUGAAUUGUGACUCACUCAUAGUUUACAACAUGU